AUGGCUGGAGAGCCGCCCCAGGCAGCCGACCAGCUCAAGUCUCCACCACGUGAGCGCCCGUGGCUGCUGCCAUACAAUCGCAAGUUGCGCCACCUCCAAGGCAUCACCAUCCGCAACCUCACGCUUACCACGACUCCCCCAAAGUCGCGCGGCCGCACCAUUGACGAUGAAGCCAUACCAAGCACCCUCAAGUCGCCCACCAAGGCGCUGGCGUUGAGGGAGAGCAGAGGCCUGGCCCAUUCGCGCUCCUCGAGCAAUCUUACCACAUCCCCCGAAGACGGCGUCCGCACACCCACCAGGCCGGGAUAUGGACGGGGACUGCGAAGGCGCUCGACUAUGGAGUGGACCAAUGCAAGCCCGCUGACUCGCCAGAAGAAGCUCGAGGACAUCACCGCAGGGCGCAUGGCCGACACUUUCUUCAGUCUGCAUGUGGACCAUCAGGACGACCCGGUAUACAUCUCUGAAGUCGCUGAGAAAGCUAUGAACCCAAACUUCAAGUUCUUCGACCUCGGACCCUGUGGCCCUGCUGUCACCCGGCUGGACAAACUCACCGUGAGGGUGUGGGCAAAGAGCGAGACAAUGCAGGAAUGGCACUAUCUGAUGGACUACACUGUGCAACUCCGGUCGCUGCAGUUUAUUGGCAGGACACUAGGAGCUUUCAGGCACCCGCUGCCACAGAACUGCAUACUGUUCCAUAUGACGGAUGGCAUCUACACCAGCUUCACCGAUCUGCCGGUACAGGAGCGAAUGCGCCCCGAAAUACUUGCACCACCCAAAGAGAACCCAGAUGGCAAAGCGCUCAACUCGUCGUCGUACGACGCCCUCAUGCGAUUGUCAACACUGGACGAUUGCAUACAAGAUGCGCUGACUACGCGAGACCGAAUUGCCGAUGAGAUUGAGGGCAUACUCGCAGCCAACAAGGAAGAUCUAAGCGCUGUCGAGUCGGUCGCCGAGACUGAAGACGGACUAGGGACGGUCGAGGCUGCGGUGACUGCUGAAAAGCGACGAGUGGUGGCUGCAAGGAGAAGACGGGACGAACUACAAGCUAACAUCGAGUACCGAAGAGAGAAGAUGCAAACUGGUCGAGAUCGUCAAGCAGAAGCCGACACCUCAUUACUCGAACAACGAGCAAAGUGUGCCCAAAGCAAAUCUCUCAUAGAGAAAACCAUCGAGGACAUCACCGGCCAACGCCGCCGAGUCUGCGAAGACCUCCUCCGAAUCUUCCCCAUUGAACCCGUCCCAGGCAAAGCCCUCGCCUUCACAAUACGAGGCCUUCUCCUACCCAACUCCGUCUUCGACGACGUCAAAGAGGACGUGGCCUCCGCGGCACUCGGCUACGUGGCGCAGGUGGUCAAUAUACUGUCGCCUUACCUCUCUGUCAUCCUGCCGUAUCCGAUUUCCCCACAUGGUUCAACCUCCACGAUUGACGAUCCACUUGCCGUCACACAAAGUGGUCAGAAUCCACAACGCACUUACCCGCUUUACAUGAAGAACGUCGUGCGAUAUCGCUUCGAAUACGGCGUGUUUCUGCUCAACAAGAAUAUCGAGAUUUUGUCCAACGCGUUGGGGUUGCGGCCCGUGGAUAUCAGGCACACAUUACCGAAUUUGAAGUACUUGCUAUACGUUGCAACGGCGGGCAAAGGCGAGCUUCCUGCGCGCAAGGCUGGUGGUAUCAAAGGACUGCUGAGACAGGAUGGUGUACUUUCCAGGAAGGGGAGCAUGGACAGCACGGCGACUAUGAGUAGUGUUGGUACGCCGACUACAGAGCUCAAGAAGAAUCUGGAGAUUGCGGGGAAGAGAUUAGAGGGCGCCAAAGCAAAUGGUGCACUUGCGCCUGCUCAAACCCAUGCGCAUGCUGGGAGUAGACUGAGACCUGCCGUAUAA